AUGUCGAUACCCAUUUCGGUAAUCCUCGAGGAAUUAAAGACGACACCAACGUCAGUUAUCCCACUUCUCAGAUCACUCCACAAUAAAACCUUACUCCAAUCCCUUUCCAAAUCUGAAAUCACCCACUUAACAUCAAGGAUUCUUAACCUUGCCAAGUCACACCAACCUUAUCCCCAAUGGUGUGGUAUCAAUCUUAUCCGUGUGAUCAGUUCCGAUUACUCAAUUUUGGCAGGAUAUGGAAGUAUUUUCCUUGAUCAAUUACUUAAACUUGUUGAAAAUUCUCAAGGUAAAAUAUUGGUAAAUUGUAUUGACGUUAUUGGAUUCAUUUGUAGUGAAAUUAGAGGCAAACCUGGGUUAACUAGAGAGAUUUUGACUCCUAAAUUGGGUCCAAUUAUUAGUUUGUUUAUUGAAAAAUUACAUUUGGCUCCAUUUGAGAUUUUAAAGAAUUUAGUGGUUGCCAUUAGAUUUCAUCCAACUACUUUCCGUCCAUAUGGAAACAAGUUGAGUGCCAAGUUGGUUAGAUUGGUCAAUGAUGUGGGCUUUGUCAAUUAUCCUUCAAAGUUAAAGGAUGUUGUGUACGAAGCGUUGGCUGUCUUACCAGGAAUUGAAAAGCUGGAGCCAGAACAGAAAUGGAGCAAUGAUGUCUUUGGAUUGAUUGGUGAAAUCAAGGAUGUCGUUGAAGUGUUCCAAGAGUUUGUCCAUUUCAAAGAUGAUCAAGACUUGAUUGAUAAUUUAAGAAAGUUGGAAAAGUCAGGCAAAACUGAAAGCAAGAUGUUUGAAGAUUUGAAUAUUGAUUUGAAUUCUCCAAACUCAAUCUUCCAAUUAUCCAAUCGGAUUGAUAUUCUGUUGGGUUUAUUAAAGAGUUACCUCAUUACUGAAAGUCAAUUCACUGUCAAAGUACCUCUUGGUACCAUUAUCACUGUUUGUGAAGUUUUAACUGGGUUAAAUUUAAGAAUGUUGAGAUUUAAGGGUGAUAUUAGAGACGAAGACGUCAAGAGUAUUAUUAGAUCUUCAAUUGCUAAUAUUCACCAUAGCGUUGUUUUAUUCUUAUCUGACAUUGUUGAUGUUUACAAAGGUGCAUUGUUAUUACAUUUCCAUUCAAUUUUAGGAAUGUUAGAAGUGAUUAUCCCAAUGAAGGGCAACAAAGUUAGCUACGAUGAUUUGAUUUCCAAUGAAGGAUUAAUUAUUGAUUUGUUAAUAUUUGUAGCCAAGUAUGUCUCAUUAGUGAAGCAUCUUGACGAUAAUACUCAAUUAUUACCUUUUGUUGACGUUUCCAUGAUUUUGGUUGAACCCAGAUCUAAACCUCAAAAAGAAAAAGAACAAAAGCAAGAUGGUCAAAAGAAGAACAAGAAACAAAAGAAGAAGGGUAAUGCUGCUGCAUUAUCUGAUAUUCUCUCGCAUGAGCACUUGUUCUUGGAAUCAAUUCCAGCAUCUACUGUUUCAGCAGUUCGUAAAUUUAUCAAUGUGAUAAUUAAGACUAUUACUCUUAGUCCAAGUCAACAUUAUAAAGUGUUGAGAUAUUUGAUUAUUGAAAGUAUAAACAUAAGACAUAUUAAUCAGCAACAUUCUGUACCCCAAGAAUUGAAACAAUUGUUAAUUGACUGUGUAUUGUUCCCUGGUUAUGACAGAGUUAAUAUCUUGCCUAUUGUUUCAAGUAUUUUGAAGGGUGACCAAUUAUUAAGUGUGUUUAACAAUCCAAGAUUCCCUCCAUUACCUAGAUAUGUCAGGCAAGAAGAAUUAGUUCAACAAGAUUUAGACGAAGAAGAGGAAGAUGAAGAGGUCGAAGAAACCAAUGAUAUUGGAUCCAAGAAGAGAAAAUUGGAUGAAUUGAUGGCAGAAGCCGGAAACCCAGUACAAGAUAACGAGCCAGAGCCAGAACAAGACGAUUCAAAGUUGUUUAAAAAGAGCAAACAAGAAGUAAACGAGGUUGAAACUAAUACUUUAGAAGAAGUAGUACAAGACAAAGUCCCAGUAAAGGAAACUCCAAAGGCAGUUGAAGAAAUAGUUGAAACAGUGUCAGCUUCAGUUCCUGUUGAAACUGUUCCUGCUUCGUCAUCUACUAUUAGUCAUGCAGAUGAUGAUAGCGAGGAAGAAGGUGAUGAAAUAGAAAUUCCUGAAUUGGAUCUUGGUGAAUCUUCAGAUGAAGAAUAG